UAAAAAUUGUUCACUUAUCAAUUAUUAGUUCGUUGUGAAAAACACAAAACAUGAAGAUUUCCAUUAGCUAUAAGACUAUUUCCUUACUGUAUCUUCUUUUAAUCAUGGUAACAUUGGUGAAACAAGUUGAAAGCACACCUUGCUCAAGCACAUUUUUCUCAGCACUUGUGCAACUCAUUCCUUGUAGAGCAUCAGUUGCUCCUUAUAGCCCAAUUCCACCAAAUGAUGCAUGCUGCAAUGCCCUUAAAGCUUUAGGUCAGCCAUGUUUGUGUGUUCUUGUUAAUGGACCUCCAAUAAGUGGUGUUGAUCGGAACAUGGCUUCACAACUUCCAGACAAGUGUAUCUCUAACUUUGAUCCUUGUGAAAUAAUAUGAUGAAGUGAAGUUGGAACUAAUGCCAUUAGAACUAAGUGUUUUUUUAUGUAGUGUAUCCCAAAAUAACAUUACAUAAGAUGACACUUGUGUAGUCAUGGGUUUAUCUUUAAGUCUGUUUUACUUUCUGUUGAUGAUUGUUCUCAGUUUUCAAUAAUUAAAUUCUGAGAUAAUAAAACAUAAGAAAAAACAUUCUUUAGUUAGAGAAAUA